CGGAUCAGGUCUGAGGUUCACCUGCUGUUCUUACCUGGUCAGAGCAGAGCUUCCGGUUCUGGGCUUUACCUGCAGCUCGGAGGAAGAGGUUUUCUCUCCUGAAGCAGCUGUUUUCCAGCUGCAGUCAGGGAGGUACUGGACCGGCACGGUGCAGGGGAAAGUCUAAAAGCAGAGAGAAUCCUGGUCGGCUUCUGCAUGUGCCGGUUUCUGUGGCUCUCAGCAGGAUCUCCUGUCAGAACAUCUGACCUGCAGCUGCAGUUCUGGAUGCAGACCGGCAGGCCCCUGGUGGAGGUGGUGCGUCUGGGCCAGGUGUCCUAUAAGGAAGGUCUGAGGCUGCAGCAGGCCUAUGUGGACCGCCACCGGUCCGGUCCAGCCCACGCACUGCUGCUCUGCCAGCACUCGCCGGUCUACACCACCGGCAUCCGGAACAAACCGUACCCGGCUCCCCUGCUGGACCGGCUGCGCCUGCUGGGGGCCGACGUCCACCGCACCAACAGAGGAGGACUCAUCACCUUCCACGGACCGGGGCAGCUGGUCUGCUACCCGGUCCUGCACCUGGGCGGCUUCAGGAAGAGCGUGCGUUGGUACGUGGGUCAGCUGGAGAAGACCGUCAUCUCCCUCUGCAGCAGGUUGGGUGUAGAAGCAGCAACGUCUCCUCACACUGGAGUUUGGGUCGGAGACAACAAGAUCUGCGCUAUCGGGAUCCACUGUGGCCGUUACGUCACGUCUCAUGGUUUGGCUCUGAACUGCAACACGGACCUGUCGUGGUUCGGCCACAUCGUGCCGUGCGGGAUCGAAGGUAAAGGUGUGACGUCGCUGAGCAGAGAGCUGCAGAGAGACGUCAGCGUGGAGGAAACCAUCCCUCACCUGCUGGACGCCUUCAGGGAGCAAUUCAGCUGCCAGCUGACUGAAGGGGAGACACCAGAACCCCAACAGAACAGCGGCCUGUCGUCUGCAUAGAAGCAGUUUCACGUGAUGCUCAAAUUACUUCACGAUGCCUUUUUUCUUCUCCACUGGAAACAGACGUUUUUUAUUUGCAUAUCAGGAACACUAAGGCUGUGGAUUGCCACCUCCUUUUCUGUUUUCUAAUAUAAAAUAAAGAUCCAAGUGAUCAGACCAUGAGCUAAUUCUGCAACAGUU